AGGUUCUUUUUAUGUGUGAGUCACUGCUCAGCUUAGUUUCCAGAAGAUCAGAUGGACAAAAUUAUGGCACCGUCUUCAACCUUUAUCCUGCUUAUGUUUCUUUUGAAGACUUCAUCGGGGGAGCAAGUGGGAAACACUACCAUCACUACUGAAUUUAUCAGAGAGCCCAGAACACUCAAUGACAUCUCUGUUGCUGAAGCAUUUAUUGAUUCUAAUGAGUUUGCCGUGGUUGCUUUUUUUAAGGAUCUAGAGGAACCCGAAGUAGAAUACUUUAAAGCUCUUGUUCGGAAUCAUCCAGAAUGGGAAUUUGGAAUUAGCACCAACGAAGACGUUUUAAAACACUUCAAAAUCGAGAGCAGCUCGGUGUCUCUUUUCCGACAGGUGGACAGUGUUAGAGACGACUUAAUAUUAAAGGAUUACCCAGAGAUUGAUACUGCUAAGCUCUACCGUUUUCUGUCUAUAAACGAGCUGAGAUGGGUGACACCAUACAACGCAGUGACAGCGGUUGGAAUCAUGGGGAGCAAAGUUCAAGUCCAUCUGCUUCUGUUUGUAGAUAAAAAAAUGGAGAAAGAAGAUGAGGUUUUGAAGGAAUUCCAGGAUGCAGCCAAGCAACUAAAAGGGAAGGUCCUGUUUGUGAAAGUGAAUGUUGCUUUGAGGGGUAAUGAGAAAGUUAUGGGUUAUUUUCAACUCAAAACAAGUGACCUUCCCAAAGUUGCAAUUUACAACACUGAAACUGAUGUCAAAAGACUUAUGACAAACAAUGAUUUCACGGCUGAAAACUUGAAAACAUUUUGCCUUGGGUUCUUGUCUGGGGAAAGCAAUGAAGAAGACUCAGAACAAGAUGAUGUAAAAACAGAACUGUAACAUUUAUUAAAAUUGUUCAAUUCCGUACCAUUAAUCCAUUUGGAAAUUUUAAAUAUCUAUCGUGUAUACAGUAUUAAAAUACAUUUUUAUUUUACCUAAAUGUCUCUGCAGUGUUAACUAAUGAUAUAUAAUAUGCAUUGGAUGGUAGUGGGAUUUCCCCUUAAUAAAUUCAUCAUACAGAA